AUGAACUCUUUCAAAGUUAGCUUUAAUAAAUCUUUUCAUAAUAAGAGAAAUGCAAAUUCUCUUUCAUCAAGUAAAUUCAAUAUUAACACUUUAAAUAGGGUUCCUUCAACUUCACAAACAACCAGCACUUUAACUGAAUUUAAUGGUAUGCACUCCUCAGGAAUUAAAACUACUAACGAAAUUUCAAGCAAUGAAGAAAUUCUUUUGGAACCAUAUAAUUAUUUAUUAUCUCAUCCUGGUAAAGAGAUCAGAACUAAAAUGAUAGAAGCUUUUGACUAUUGGUUUAAAGUUCCAAAAGAUCGACUAAAUGUCAUAACUAAAGUAAUUGAAAUGUUACAUAACGCUUCUUUGUUGAUUGAUGACGUUGAAGAUAGUUCUACUUUAAGACGAGGAGUUCCUGUUGCGCAUCACAUUUAUGGAGUUCCUGCAACUAUCAAUUGUGCCAAUUAUGUCUACUUUAUGGCUUUAAGUGAGUUGGCCAAAUUAAAUAACCCUAAAAUGUUCAAUAUCUAUACCGAGGAGUUAUUAAAUUUACAUCGUGGUCAAGGAAUGGAGUUGUAUUGGAGAGAUACAUCAACUUGUCCAUCCGAAAAAGAAUUCAUUGAAAUGGUCUCAGACAAAACCGGAGGAUUGUUGCGUCUUGCUGUUAAACUUAUGCAAGAAGCUAGUUCUUCAAAUGAAGAUUAUAUUGAAUUAGUUAACCUCGUUGGAAUUCAUUUUCAAGUCCGCGACGAUUAUAUGAACAUGCAAUCUCAAAAGUAUGCUGAUAAUAAAGGAUUUUGUGAAGAUUUGACUGAAGGAAAAUUCUCUUUUCCAAUUAUACAUUCAAUUCACGCCUCUGAGAAUUCUAAUCGUCAAUUAAUCUAUAUUUUGAAACAACAUACGACGUCAAUUGAUUUAAAGCAUUUUGCGGUAAAAAUCAUGCAAGAUACAGGUUCAUUUGAGUAUACAAAAAAUUAUUUAUCUAAAACCGAAGAAAAAGCGAGAAGUGAAUUAAAGAGAUUAGGUGGUAAUCCUAUUUUGGAAAGAAUUAUGGAUUCAUUACAU